UCUGGCCACCGCGGACCGAGCCCCAGCCCGGAAGACAGUCCCCUGGCUCCAGCCCCCGCUCAGCCCUGGCGCCCGCGGUGCCCUCACCCCAGCCCGAGUCCGAGCCCCGCGGUGCCCUUCAUCCUUCUGAUUCUUCAAGCCGAGGUCUCCAGCCUUAUGAGACCUCGGGCCCGACAGGCUCAGUUCCGGCAGGGGCCGGGGACGAGACACCCUCAGACCCUCGAGGCCUCCUCGCUGACCACCAGCCCUCCCAACACAGACGUCCUUCUCUCCGAGGCCAGAGGACCAGAUGAGGUGCUGUGUGACGCUUUCGUGGAUGGAUACGUUGUGUGCUGUUCAAAUCAGGCAUCUCACACCUACGUCCACAUCACCGAUCAUUUCUGUGUGGAGCUCCCUUUGAGCACCCGACUAGAAAGAAAACUUCAGGCCUGGCUUACAACUUGUUCUGCACGGCAUGGAAAGCGCAGAGAAAGCAAACCUUCCGGGGGGGACCCGACAGCAGACACACUUGGCUGGAUGCUGAGAGACAGAAGCCAAGGGUGGCUGGAUACGCUGGCACCGGACGGCUCCCACUCCCGGUCGCCUCUGAGCUCCUGCCUCAGCCACACCCUCCUGCCCAGCUCUGGCCCUGUGCCCUGGAUGCACAACCAGUCCCCCAGCCUCCACUCGGGCCCGCAGAGCUCUGGGCCCAGCCUGCCCCUGCCCCCACGCCCCAGUGCAUCCUUGUGGGCCACUACUCCCUUCCUGUCUUCUGUUCCGAUCAGCAGAAAGAGCCUCUCCAACUGAUCCACUAAAGCCUGCCUCUGGCUCAGUGCCAGCCUGCUGCCCAGCAGACCUGGAAGACAGACCAGCUGACCGCGCCCCCCAGGGGCCUCUCCCUCGGGAGCCCAGCUGCUCUUACACAGUCGCUUUCUGAUUUCCGGGCUUCCCUGCCCUGCAGCUCCUGGUCUCAAGCCUGUGAUUUCCUGGUCAACACAGCAACCGGGCCACGUGGAUCGGAAUCCGGUACCUCUGCCUGGCCUGCUGGCAGACGCUGGGGCAGUCCACCCAUGCCCCAGAUCUGUGCCCUCGACGCCAGUGUGGCCUCCUCCUCCAGGUCUCCCCUUUCCCCCUGAAUCACCGGGUCGCUCCUCUGGCAUUGACUUGCUGCCUUUUACAUGUUUUUUCUCCUGUGAGGUGCGAUUUCAUGAAAAUAAAGAAUUUGAUGAACUCGGUAUAUUUUUUCAGCAAAAUCCAAGCUAACAAUGUGACCUCAGAAAGCGAUAGGAAACCAGGGUGAAACAACAACCAAAGAAGAAAGUGAAAAUUUUGUGGACACUCUCCCAGCUCCCAAAGAGCCGAGUCGGGUCAGUUUGUCAGCCGGGUUCACAAACAGUGCGUGCGUUCUAGGUGGCUCAGCCUGCACAGACUGUCUGUGCAGCAGAGGCGUGGCGAGGAGACGUUCAUGAAUGAAACCGCUGUCUCAGGCCAGGAAAAGCCGAGGCUGAGCUAGACCAGCUUGGCGCAGAUACUGGUUGAAGCCGUGGAUGUGCCCAUGGGGAGUGGUAUUAGGUUCUGUCUUCGGGCCUGCCAUGUUUCCUAAUAAAAUGUUCCUUAAGAGCUGCUGGGGGGCUGGGGUGCAGCACUUGCCGGCAUGCUUGGGGCUGGGCCAGAUCCCCAGCCCUGCAAAACACACACGGACGCACAGAACUGCUGAAGGGGUGGUGGGGUAUGGCCUGGGGACACAGGGAGGGCACAGUCCCCCAGAGUCUACAUGCCAGGGUCACCACUUUCAAAAGAGGAAGAAGAGCUAGGUAGGAGUAGAGUGGAAGACUGUGAAAGUUUUUUCAGAAAGUAUUUUCUCUGAGUUGAAUAUUUCCCAGGAUUUUACCUAAGACUGUGUCUCAACAGCCACCACAGGAUCCAUGAAACUUCCCAAGGUUUUCUUCUAGGAAAACAGUUUCUAUUGGAAUUAUCCAAGAACAGAAGGAAUCCGGCUACUAAAAAGGAGAAUGGUGCCCUGCUCCCCAUAAUCUAUUAAAUCCUCAUGGAUUGUAGGUUUCCAACUUUGGUUCUGUGCUGUUGGAAACUUGUCUACUCCUAAGGUGGAAAUGGCCCCUCAGUGACCAUGACUUUAUUACGUUUUGCUUUCUGGUCAGGACCAAUGCUCCUUGAUUGUUUUUAAUGGUCGUGGGUAUACUCCUGUACUCGUUUUUCCAUAUAAAUUUUAGAAUAGUGUACAUUGUCAUUUUCUUAAGAUCUCCUUGGCACUUGAUUGGAGUGACAUAAAAUCUGCUGGCUAACCUGGGGAUCAGCGGCUAUCAAAGCAGCAAGUCUGUCUGUCCUGCUCAGGGGACCUGGAAUCACUGUCCUGGGCCUCAGUAGUGACUCUAAUUAAUCGUGACAACCUGGUGUUUACGGAGCCGGGGGAGACUCUGGACAGAGGCCGGUCACCGCAGCCAGUCACUCAGGCACCAGAGGAACAAGCAUCAUUGAAUGGCUUUUGGGAAGAGUAAACACAAUUCUGGAUUCUCAGAUUUACUGGGGAAAAGGCAGAGCAUGCUGGUAGGGACUGCAGAGGACUCGGGGCUGUGAGCCCAGAGAGGUGGCGUGCAGAGAAGAGAGGGCUGUUGCAUUAGUAAUAGCGUCACCUAUGGCUUCUUUUGA